AUGCGUACCACUUCUCUGAGGACCGCCAGCGCGGCGUCCAGGACGGCCUCAUCUCCCGCCUCCCGCAAGUUCGGCGCGCUAGGCAAGGCCCACACGCUCGCCACGGACACGCUCUACCUCUACAAGCAGAGGAUCGCCACGCGUUACACGUCCUUCACGAGCUUGAAGUCUUUCUUGAAGGUGAACUACUCUGAGCUCCGCAACAUCCUGAAGAAAUGCGACAAGCUCACGCAUGGCGAUCUUCCCGCUUCGCCCUUCAUCGCGUUCGCCACAUUCGCGGCCAGCCCCCCCCCCCCUGGUCUUACUCCGCGGCGUGCGGAUCAUUUUGUCAACGCGCUCGAAGGUGCCGUACCUGCUCAAUGAGUCCUAAUACGCCGACGUAGGGCGGCAGCGCAGAGGUAACUCACACAGGACAGACGGUAGGUUGGGGAGAUGCUCGGGCCAGCCAUGUGUAUGCGUCCAUUCACGC